CAAAGGUCAACUUACAAGAGUUGCUUGUCUCCUACCUGCCAUGUGGGUCCUGGCGAACAAACUGAAGUCGUCAAGAUUGUGGCAAGCCCCUUUACCCACCGACUUGUCUGUCUGGCCCUGAGACACAACCCUUUAUAAUAAAAACAACACAGACACCAAUCAUCUGCUCUCCUGUCUCUACUAGAAAAUGGCAGCCGAGGGAGAAGCCUUUGAGGAGAGGAUUUCCGAAUAUGAUGAUGAUUGGGCCUCUGAAUUCUCUGCUCUUCUCGGUGUGGAUGCGUUUCAGGUCAUAAAGAGACGAGAUGAAGAAAAUCAUAAGGAACGAAUGAAAAUGAAGAAAGGUUUUAACUCCCACAUGCGCAGUGAGGCCAAGCGAUUAAAGACCUUCGAGACCUAUGACACGUUCAGAUCGUGGACGCCACAGGACAUGGCAGCCGCUGGGUUUUACCACACCGGGGUGAAACUUGGGGUUCAGUGCUUCUGCUGUAGCUUAAUCCUCUUUUGUACCAGACUCAGGAAUCUUCCCAUAGAAAGCCACAAGAAGUUCCGUCCAGGGUGCGAGUUCCUUUUGGGCAAAGACGUCGGUAACAUCGGCAAGUAUGACAUAAGGGUGAAGAGUCCCGAGAAGCUGAGAGGUGGCAAAGCAAGGUACCAAGAAGAGGAGGCCAGGCUGGAGUCCUUUGAGAACUGGCCUUUUUAUGCCCAUGGGACAUCGCCCCGUGCGCUCUCAGCCGCUGGCUUUGUCUUCACAGGUAAAAGGGACACUGUGCAGUGUUUCUCCUGUGGUGGAUGCUUGGGAAACUGGGAAGAAGGAGACGAUCCUUGGAAGGAGCAUGCCAAGUGGUUCCCCAAGUGUGAAUUCCUCCAAAGUAAGAAAUCCUCAGAGGAAAUUGCCCAGUAUAUUAAAAGCUACGAGGGAUUUGUCCAUGUAACGGGAGAACAUUUUGUGAAUUCCUGGGUCAGAAGAGAAUUACCUAUGGUGUCAGCUUACUGCAAUGACAGCGUCUUUGCUAAUGAAGAACUAAGGCUGGACACUUUUAAGGACUGGCCCCAUGAAUCCCCUGGGGCUGUUGAAGCUCUGGUCAGAGCAGGCCUUUUCUACACAGGCAAAAAUGACACUGUCCGGUGUUUUUCCUGUGGAGGAUGUAUGUCAAAAUGGGAGGAAGGUGACGACCCAUUAGAGGAUCAUACCAAGUUUUUUCCCAACUGUGUAUUUCUUCAAAACCUGAAGUCCUCUGCAGAAGAGAUUCCUGCCUUUCAGAGCUACUACACACUUCCAGAGGCCAUGGACACCACAGGUGAAAGCAAUCAUAAGGAUCCAGUGGCCGUUCCCUCUACGGUGGCCGACCUGGCUCAGAGUGCAGCCCAGUGGUGUCAAGAGGCAAAGAGUCUGAGUGAGCAGCUGAGAGGAGCCUACACCAAGGCCACUUUCCGCCACAUGAAUCUGCCAGAGGUGUGUUCCAGCCUCGGCACUGACCACUUGCUUGGUUGUGACCUGUCCAUGGUUUCAAAGCACAUCAGCAGGCCAGUGCAAGAGCCUGUGAUUCUUCCUGAGGUCUUCAGCAAUCUCAACUCCGUCCUGUGUGUGGAGGGGGAAACUGGCAGUGGGAAGACAACCUUCCUGAAGAAAACAGCUUUUCUCUGGGCAUCAGGAUGCUGUCCCCUGCUGAACAGGUUCCAGCUGGUCUUCUACAUCUCCCUGGGUUCCACCAGAGCAGACCAGGGGCUGGCCGACAUCAUCUCUGGCCAACACCUAGAGGCAGGAGGAUGCAUUAGUGAACUGGGCCUGAGCAGCAUCAUCCAGCAGUUAAAGCACCAGGUGCUGUUCCUGUUGGAUGACUACCAUGGGAUGGACUCACUGCCCCAAGCCAUCAAAACCCUGAUUACCAGGAACUACUUGACCCGGACCUGCUUAUUGAUCACUGUCCACACAAACAGGGCCAAGGACAUCCGCCCAUACCUAGAUACAAUUCUAGAGAUCAAAGAGUUUCCCUUCUAUAACACAAUCUCUGUAUUACGGAAGUUAUUCUCACAAGAUCUAACCCGUGUUCGAAGGUUUAUUAAUUACUUUGGAAAGAAUGAAGAUUUACAGGGAAUUCACAAAACUCCUCUCUUUAUGGCAGCAGUCUGUACUGACUGGCUUCAAAAUCCUUCCAACCAGUCCUUUCAUGAUGUGGCAGUUUUCAAGUCCUAUAUGAAAUAUCUUUCCUUAAAUCACAAGGCUACACCUGAGCCUCUCAAGGCCACUGUGUCCUCAUGUGGCCAGCUGGCCCUGAGAGGCCCUUUUUCCUCUUGCUUUGAGUUCAGUAGUGAUGACCUCACAGAAGCAGGUGUUGAUGAAGAUGAAGAUCUGACCACCUGCUUGAUGAGCAAAUUCUCUGCCCAGAGACUGAGACCUGUCUAUCGGUUCUUAAGUCCUUUGUUCCAAGAAUUUCUUGCUGCCAUGAGGCUGACUGAGCUCCUGGGUUCAGAAAGGCAGGAAGACCAAGAUUUGGGACUUGGUUAUUUGAGACAAAUUAACUCACCCUUGAAGGCUAUGAGUGCCUACAGCAAUUUUUUGAAGUACGUCUGUAACCACCCUUCAUCAAAGGCAGGGCCAAAAAUUGUAUCUCAUUUGCUGCAGUUGGUGGAUGAUAAAGAGUCUCUGGAGAACAUGUCAGAAAUUGAGGAUUAUGAGAAGCUCCAUCCAGAAACUUCUCUGAGGACAGAGUUUGUUCGGUGGUUGUGGCAGGUAUCUCCUGAAGCUUUCUCUUCAUUUGUUUCAGAACAUCUAUUGAGCAUUGCUCUAAAUUUUGCUUAUGAAAGCAACACGGUGGCUGCCUGUUCUCCAUUUAUUUUGCAAUUCCUUCAAGGGAGAACACUGGCUUUGAAAGUACUGAAUUUACAGUACUUUGGAGAUCACCCAGAAAGUCUGCUAUUAUUAAAGAGUAUUGAUGUCUCCAUAAGUGGAGAUAACAGGAUAAGGAGAAUAGAUUUUUCACUCAUGGAAAAAGAUUUUGAAAAAUUACAGCCACCAACUAUAGAUGAAGACUAUGCAUCUGCCUUUCAACCUAUGAGUGAAUGUGAGAAAAAUUUAUCUGAAAAAGAAGAGAUAAUAAAAAACUAUUUAGAUAUCCAGCACCAGGUCCCACCCAACAUCAGUGCUGGCUACUGGAAACUGUCCCCCAAACCGUACAAGAUCCCGAGGCUGGAUUUCGCAGUGGCCAACAUGGGUCCAGCAGACCAAGCACUGCUCCGGGUCCUGAUGGAAGUCUUCUCGGCAUCACAGAAUAUCGAGCUCCAUUUGAGCCACAGCAACGGCUUUCUUGAAAGCAUCCGCCCAGCUCUGGAGCUGAACAAGACCUCUGUCACCAAGUGCUCCAUGAGCAGACUGGAGCUCAGCACAGCAGAACAGGAGCUGCUUCUCGGCCUGCCUGCCCUGCAGUCUCUUGAGGUCUCAGGGACAAACCAGUUACCAGAUCAACUUUUUGCUAACUUGGACAAAUUCCCAAGCCUGAAAGAAUUGUCUAUGAGACUAGAUGGCGUUCCAGAUGUUCUUUCCAUCAUCCCAGGAGAUUUCCCAAACCUCCACCACAUGGAGAAGUUAUCCAUCCAAACUUCCACAGAGUCUGACCUCUCCAAACUGGUUAAAUUGAUUCAGAGCUCUCCAAAUCUCCAAGUUUUCUGCCUGAAAUGUGAUUUCUUUUCGAAUUGUGAGUCUCUCAUGACUGUGCUUGCUUCCUGCAAGAAACUCAGAGAGACUGAGUUUUCUGGACGAUGCUUUGAAGCCAUGUCAUUUGUCACUAUUUUGCCAAAUUUUGUGUCUUUGAAGAUAUUGAAACUUGAACACCAACAAUUUCCAGAUAAGGAAACAUCAGAAAAGUUUGCACAGGCUCUGGGUUCUCUCAGGAACCUGGAGGAACUGUUCCUUCCCACUGGGGACGGGAUUCACCAAGUGGCCAAACUGAUUGUCUGGCAGUGUCUGCAGCUUCGGUGUCUCCGAGUUCUUGCCUUUAAGGAGACUUUGGAUGACAACAGUGUGAUGGAAAUCGCCAAGGGAGCAACCAGCAGAGGUUUCCAGAAACUUGAGACCUUAGAUCUUUCAUUGAACCACAAGAUUACAGAGGAAGGGUACAGACAUUUCUUUCAAGCCCUGGACAACCUGCCAAACUUGCGAGUGCUCAACAUUUCCAGGCAUCUCCCAGAAUCCAUCCAAGUUCAGGCCACCACUGUGAAGGCUCUGAGUCAGUGUGUGUCCCGACUGCCCAGCCUCAUCAGGCUUCAUAUGCUCAGUUGGCUCCUGGAUGAAGAGGACAUGAAGGUGAUUAAUGCUGUGAAGGAGAGACACCCUCAGUCCAAAUGCUUGAUUGUUCACUGGAGGUGGGUAGUGCCCUUCUCUCCUGUCAUUCAGAAGUGAAGGAUGCAGCUGAAGAUCACUGGAGAUCUCAAAACUGAAUUUUCUAUUACAUUUCACUCCAGACAAGCAUGAUGUACCCAGUCUUAAGAGACUGAGACAGGGGAUCAAGAGGUUGAGUCUGGCUGGGUUACAUAACAAGACCUGCUGAUGAUCCAGAUCGUUUAAUAUUACAUACACAAGAAUAUUCCUAAACUGUCAGGCUGGUAACUGUUUGAAAGCCUGCACACCCACACUGAGCUAUGACAAGCAGUCCUUGGCAAUUCUUGUAUGGACUUCCUGUCCAAAGACUAGAGCCUCAUUCAAAUUCAUACCAAGAAUCCUCCAUUGCCAAGGUCAACAGGAAUGUGCGGGGAAAGGAACAUUGAUCUGUGUAAAAGUCACAACAAGGAAGGCGCAUUUGAUGGAGGUAAGGAAUGGCCAGUUUAAGGAUGAGUCCAUUCCACCCAUGAGGAAGCACGAGUCGACUUUAGCACAGGAUGCAGAUGACUCUUUGCAGGGAUGCUCUUUAGUCUUUGCAGGGCUUUUGUAUAGUCUCCAACCUUGCCAUGGCCAUGCUUGCUCACACCAUCUCCCAUCCAUUGCUGAUGGGAGGAAGAAAGGGGGCUUAGAGAAAACUGCUUUUGUUCCAGAGGCUUUUGAGAGUUACAUAUGACAGCUUUAUAAUUUUGUUGGGAAUCCAGUCCAUUUUAUGUGAUUUAAUCUUGUAAGAAUUUUUGGGUAUAUUAACUUGAUUGUGAUAAUUAUCAUUUCAUACUUGUCACUGCUCUGGAGGUGGUGGGACCUGGAGAAUGGAGUCAAUAAAUGAAGGGGACUACAAUCUCAUGCAAUAGCCAGCUUUAUUCAGAGCAUCAGACAAUUUAUACUCUGGGGGUUAAGUGAAGUCACCUAAAUAAAGUUCUCUUGUGUUCAAGCUGUAGGCAAUCACAAAAACAAUGUGGCAAAAACAUGUUUUUCUAUAGAACAGCAGUUCUCAACUUGUCCCCGAGACCAUUUAGGGGUCAAAUGACCCCUUCACAGCGCUCACCUAAGACUAUCGGAAAACAGAUAUUUACAUUAUGAGUCAUAACAGUAGCAAAGCU